GCGGCCGCGCGCCGCACAAUCGAUACUCACGUCGUAUUUUCUACCAAAUAAAAUUUCCUAUCCCGAAAAUAGCUAAAACAUCCUCAUUUAUCAUCAAAUAUAAUAUCCUAUCUCUAAAAAGUGAUACAAAAUGUAUCCCUGUAUGAACAGUGAUGCGUAAAUUGUAUUAUCGCGAAUAAGUGCGACGCAGAAUCGUUUAGGAGGGACUAGUGAGCUCUUCUCAAAAUUGCCAACGGAUCAGCGAUCCUGGAGGCAUAACGUGAAGUGAAAUUUCGUUUGAUGAAGUGAAACCGGAAUGGACCUUGCGGUGAACUUGGAUCGGGAAGAUUACAAGAUGGCGGCGGCUCCUGCGUCCUGUAUGGGCGCCGAGCACGGCUGCGUCAUGUUUGACUGCUUGGUGCAUCUAUGGGAAUGGAUUGACCCGCCGGUUGUCCAGACAGAAUAUCAAAUGGAGAACAAAAAGAAUGUCACAGCAACACAACAACCCAUUACUCAACAACACAUCAUGGCGCACCACGUCCAUCCCGACCAAAUAUACUCGCCACAACAUUCGCAGUUACCUGCACACGUAAACAACCAGUCCACGCAAAUUCAGCCAAAUGGCGUCAUGCAUCAACUAUUGCAAAGCCAAUAUCAAUCAAACAUGAACGCACGAUCGCCGCUUCUAGAGAACAGGCACGAAAUGUAUGGUACCGGACAUAAUCACGAUUAUGCGAGACAUUACGGGGCGAAUGACAAUUACAAUUAUCCACAAUCACCUCCUCGGCUCGAAAGAACAGAAAUCCAUACAGACCACAAUGUAAAUCAUGAACUAUUGCACAAUAUCCCCAAAGGAUACAACGCAGAAGUUUACCAAGAUUAUUUAAAACGUAACCCACCGAAAGACAGUAACCAAAUAUAUCAAAACCAUCAACCUAUGUAUAGAACUAAUGUAAAUCAGUACGGCGCGAAACCGUAUCUUCCUUAUUCAAACCGAAUAGGGCCCCAAAGUAACACUGAGUUAUUAAGAAAACAGUACAAUGAAAUUCAACAAAUGAAAAUGCAACAGCAAAUGCAUUACCAGAAUCAAGCUCAAAUGCAUCAACAGCAAAAGUUUGCUGAAAGACAACUGUUGCUGCAACAAAUUCAUGGUGUUCAACCACCGCCUAACUUACAAAAUAGUAUAUACUCCGAUAGUUCUUACAGAGAUUUAGAUCGAUAUAGUAGUAAAACUGAUUUUAAGGACUACAGCAGCACAGACUUGUCGAAAGAUUUGGACAGGUAUUCUAAGAAUAACGAGUAUAAGGAUUUACAGAAUAGGCAUUAUCAAGACACUCAUUGGCAAUCAAAUCAAGGUGAUUUUCGAGAGUUAGAAAGACAGAGACCAGAGCAGGACAAGGCGAAAAGCAAUUCUCCACCCUCAGAUUUCAAUCAAAAAAAUUUCGAUAUGAUAUCCCCAAUGAAAUCAAGCGAGUCUAGUACACCUACUAUAAAGUCACCCUCAUCAGACAGUCGUCGUAGCAGUAGUGGAACACAGUUACGAUCUCCAACUGCCCAACGAAUACCCUCAGCCCCCGUGACCUUGUCUGGAAUGCUUUAUAAACAAGGAUCCGACGGUCUUAAGGUUUGGCGGAAGAGGUGGUUCGUUUUGUCGGAGUAUUGUUUAUUCUACUACAAAAGUCAAGACGAAGAAAAACUCUUGGGGUCCGUCCUCUUGCCUUCAUACAAAGUCUCUGCAUGUACAGCUGAGGAUAAAGUGAUGCGGAAGUUUGCGUUUAAACUGGAACACGCAAAUAUGAGGACGUAUGUGUUAGCUGCAUUAGACCAGGAAGCUAUGAUGAAGUGGGUGAAGGCGCUCACUCUGGCAGCCCUAAUGCAAACAUCUAAUGAACAGCAACAAAAGCAAAUUGAUCGGGCAGCUGCAAAAACAGAGGAUGGCGAUGAGGCUGGUCCAACAUACGCCAAUGCUCCACCUAAACCACGACGAGCCAACGACGGAUAUAAUUCACCCAGUCCGGAUAUGUACGAUCCAAAUUAUGAUCUACUCAAAAAACCCGCAUCACACUACAGUCAAGGCACUAGUCACACUCGAUACCAGGACACAACCUACAGCACAAAACAGGAGAUAUACACACGCAGCCCGCAAUCACCGCCCUCGCAAUCGCAACCGCCUUACCAAACGAAAAGACCUUACGACAUGCAGCAACUCUCUUUACCCUUAUCAAAGACUGCUUACGACAAUCCCGAAAAAACUCCAAACGCCCCGUCUAUUAAUAAGUCUAAUCCUCAAUCUCCUUAUUUUGAUAAUAGGUCAGCUAGAAACCAGCAACAACAGUCGCAAGAAGACAAAAUUGAAAAUUUAUAUGAAAAGAAAUCCCAUUACAAUCCUUUUUUACAAGAUUGUGGAGGAAGGCUAGAACAAAAAACGAAAGAUGAUGAAAAAAGUAGAUCUAUUGCAGAAUCGAAUAAAACAUCGAUUUAUAAUGAAAGUUACCCUGAGUCUCGAACCAACUCAAAGACAUACGUUGAUACUAAUAUGUACGGAAGAGAAGUUUAUGGUGACGUAAAUAUGAAGGCAAAUAAACCAAGUACAAUGAAUGAACGACUGGCUGAGAGGCGAACUCCUGAUGCCUAUGGUAGAGCAGCAGUCAUGUCAGCCUAUAAUACAGAAAAAAUUGGAGACUACGAAGAUAUUUAUGCAGCUUAUGGAAAUGAAACUGGAAAAGCAUACGCUAAAUCACCAAAUCCCUCACAGCCCCGGGAUACUAUUAGUUUAUCUAGUCACAAAUCGCCGCAAGAUCAACAUACCAACUCUGUGACAGAUAAAACGUUUAGUGGACCCUCAGUGUUGCGGAGGAAAAAAAUGCAAGCGAGUGGUGUUCAGCCACCAAUGCCGCGCCCUCAUAGUGCAGAUUUUUUGGAAUAUGAAUCCAAAAAUGAAACACUUUAUAAAGUAACACCAACUCGAAAUAUGCAUGAUCCACCAAAACAACCACCACGGCCAAAGUCUAGUCUGGAUAUUAACUCCUACUAUGACCCGAGUUCAGAUAAAUAUUACUCUGAGGAAAGUUAUGCACAAAAAAUGCGUCAAUCAGCACAAUAUUUGCAACAACAGGGCCUAGCGCCCAAAAAUAUACAAAUGCCAUUAGAAAAAUACGCCAGCGGUCUAGCUGAGAAACAAUUACAUUCUCCGUAUACUCACCCAAUUAACAAUAACUAUGAAACUGAAUUUAGUAAUAAUAGAAACAUUCGUGAUAAUGUAAGUUAUAAUUCAAAAUAUAGCGACCUUGAAGGAUUGAAUUCUAAUUGGACGUUAAAAGAAAAAGAAUUAGAAACUCAAAAAGAUUAUUUAAAUAGAAGCGGUAGUGUAAUGAGUGAUGGUUCACACAUCAGUGGAUAUGUUAAGGAGGCUGGUAAAUUUGAUCCAGGAAUAGAAGGAUUUAUGAGAUCGGCGAGCGCUAGACUACCGUCAUCUACUGAAAGAGAAGGAGAAAAGAAAGUACAGCAGCGUGAAGAAUCAAUGAAAAGAUUGCUUGAGUGGAAACAGAGAAUGUUACAAUCUCCACUUACGAGAAAGAGCACUCCAGCUACUAUAUCUUUAUCCAGAUCCUUGAAUCAAAGUCGUCAAUCAUUAAGAUCUGAUCAGUACAAACCUAAAACGUAUAAAAAUGCUUCUUAUAACAGCUAUUCUUCGGAUGAUGAAGCUUCUAUGACUAUGUCAGGCACAAAUGUAGAACCCGGCUCUAACAAUAAUAAUAAUACCACUAACAUAAGCCAGCAAACUUUGUCAAAGAAAGCAUUCCUCGGAAGUAACACGUCGAUCGGAAGGAGCAAUAGGGACGGAAACAUACCUGUGCGAGCUGUAAGUCCUAGAGUACGGUGGGUCGAAGAAAAACCACCUAAUGAACAGUAUUGUUCACAACAGCUAACAGCGUCACAGCAGAAUUUGAACACAAUAACCGGAACGGAAGACGCAUGGACGACCGUAAGGUCACCAUCAAGAGUUUUACAACAACCCAUUAGGGCAGUUAGUCCUAGAGUAAGAAGAAACACUGAACAAGACGAUAUGCGUAAGAACAUCCAAAAUCAAGAAUCAAGUGAAGUGCCCACGGCUGGAGAGCUCUUGGGAAGAAGUCAUGAAGAACUAGUAUUGCUUUUGAUUCAAUUGAGACGACGUCACGCAGCUACCCAUCGUUCUAUUGAGCAAUGCUGUAUUCAGAUUAGUAGUAUUGAGGACUGCCUAAGUUCCCUCAAAGCUAUGGAACGGGAAGAAAGCCUUCAGCGUUUGGAACAGUUAAAGUCACAACUAAUGGAAUUAGAGAAUCAUUAUGAAAAGAGUAAACCGUUAGUACAAUUGGUUGACAAUAUGGUGAAACUUGGGUCUUUGUAUAACAGACCUGGUUCGACUAUUGAAAGGCUGGAGCGAAAUCAAAGGCUCAGACAAAAAGUUCUUGCGGAGCAUGCUGUGGAACAACAAAGAUGGCUCGAAAGUGCAGCAGCUGGUAAGCCCUUAGAAACUGAAGCUGCGAGAGUAAGAGUUGCUGAAUUAUGGGCAUUAGAGCAAGAACUGGCAGACGAGGCCGCCAUACUUCAAGGUCUUAAGACUGAUAAAGACGCUAUUGACUCGCUGCUUUCUGGAGUUCGUAGCAAGCUCGAUAGUGUGAACGUCGGCACGCGAGCACAGCCCUCGGGCUUGGAGGCAGAGUUGGCGCGAGUGCAUGCCAUGCUGGCGCACAAUUCUAAGGUUUAUAAGAAACUAGAGCAAACGGUAGCGGAUAACGCACGGUUGGAACGGGAAUUGCAUCACCUACGUCGCGCACUGCGCGCUCAACGUGCUAACAUUCAUGCUCAACCCUCGCAUCCCACUGCUAUGUUAGAAGAUGAGGUAACACGGGUACAACACUUGGUGUCGGCGCUUCAGCGUCAGCGUCAAGAGCUCAGUCGGGCUGUACGACAUCUCACGCAGCAGUCACAUGCUUUACAGAUUACUCAUGACUCUAUGCCUGGCAAACGUCGCCCAAUGUCGUCGUGGCAAGAAACAAAUUUGGACACGGGACACACUAUCGAUCAUGGCCAUUCAGAGUAUGAUUACGAUAUGACAGGACCCGUAAUGCCUCCAGGACAUUACGGGCAAAGCGUGGAAACACCACUGUAUGUUGAUACAAGAACACCCGGCAUGGAUGUCGCAUCUCCAUUAAACAGCGAGGAUAUGCAGCAUACAGCUUUUGGUAACUUAUCCAACGUAGAAAAACAGGAGAUCAAAACAGUACGAAUCGUUAAAAGGGAGAGCGAAAGACGCCAAAGGGAUCGUGAGCGUUCGCUACAACCACUAUCCGACUGGUCAAGUACAAACAUCACCGCAAACAUCGACCAAUUUCUAGAAGAAGAAUUAGUGCAACCAAUAAAUAACUACAGAGCUUCCUCCUUACCAAGAACUGAUUAUAGUAAAUACGAAGAAUAUUACGCUAAGCCCCAAAACACUGAACCACCAAACUAUCUAGGAUUAAAUGAUAAGAAUAUGCAACAGAGCCCUAAAUAUCCAUCAAGCCCUUCAUUAUCUAAUUACGAUUACUCGAGAGACAUUUCGUCACUAAGCAGUAGUUACCAUAAGACUUAUGAUAGAUCUGCUGGUUACGAUCGGACUAUUUCUCUAUCAACCCAAUAUUUGAACAGUCCGACAGACAGUUCUAGAACUUUGACCAAUGAUCCAAUGUCGAAGACGAGCAGUAUUGUUAGCUUGACCAGAUCCAAUAUGGAAUUAUCACCUAUAUUCAAAAGUGAAGCUGCAAAACAAAUAAUCACAGAGAUGUCUGGGGAGCCCAAAAAUGGCUCUUUGCAUAGACGUCAAGUGCCAAAGGAGAAGAGGAGGCACUAUACUGCACCCCAUCAUUUGAGUGCUAAGACUCUCAAUGAAAUGCCUAAGGAUGUGUAUAAUCAGGAUGCUUUGGGAAGGUCACUGGAUGACGCAGACAUGGAACGUGCAUUACGGGGCGCAGCACCAGAUGUCGUGCGCUCUGCGCUGCCCGCACGAAGGUUACCCGACUCCAUUGAUCAGCUGUUGGCUGCUCCACAAAAGAUCAUUAUACCGGAACGGUAUAUACCUGAGAAGCCUCCAGAACUGUCGCCGGAAGAACAGCAAAAGCGUCAAGAAAAAGUAGAGUCGAUCAAAAAGAUGCUGACUAGCUCUUCCGCCGACCCGAGCAAGAGCCCAGACGGACAGGAGAAGCGCCAGCGUGAACACUUGCUUCAGAUGAACCAGAUCCUUGCCAAGCAGGUCACCGAGAUGAGCAAAAUCAUAGCUGUUAAAGCAUUAGAAGAGCUGCCACUACAAGACAACACGGAUGACUACGAGGAUCGCUCUCCAGACGUCGAACUGCCAAUUUAUCAACAAAGAGACAAUUUCUUUACAUGAACUGAAACUAAAAAUGUUACUUACUUGGUCUUGACACAAGAGUAAGUUUCCACUAUAAUAGCUCGUUUACACAGGCUGCAUAAGCAUUGCGUAAGCGUAGACUUAGCGCGUACCAUUGCGUUGUAAUGUAUGGAACUGUAUGCGACAUGGCACACCGAUUGCGUAAAGCGUGGACGUAUGCGUAACUCGGUGCGUUAGGGGUUUACGCGCAUCACUACGCACGUGUCACGUGUACGCAAUUGGUGUGAAUCGGCCUUAAGGCCAUUAUAUUAUUAUUGGCUUUAAAUUGGGUUGCAAGAUUUCCUUUUGUGAAAUCUGUCCUGAUCACAGUCAUUAACUAUGACACUUCAACUUUUGUUCAAAUCUUGGUUAAUUAUUAUAAAGAUAGAGGGUUCUUUGAUGAAUUUUAUAAACUUAACAGUUUAAUAUCAAUUUUGUUUAGCGUAAUUGAACCAAAAAAUAAUAAAAGACCCAAUUGGACAAAAUUUCAUGUAAUUGAUAAAGCCAUGUGGCGAUAUUGUUACUACCUAUUAUCCUACCUAUUACCUAGUAUCAAUAGGGUACGUGGCUAUUAUUAUAUGUUCUUCCUCUGGAAUUAUUUAAAUAAAAAAUUAAUAACUUGGAGCUCUAGCCAUAUCUCUGUCAAUUUCUAAUUCGUAUCUAUACAAAAAAAUGUUAUUUAUACACAAAAGUCAUGUACCCAAUUUUUAUAGAAAGUAUAAACUGCAUAGAGUUGUAAUCGAUAUCAAAUUAAUGUUUAUUACCUAUUAGAUGAUAUUAGAACGAAUAUAAGAUUAUCUUGGUGAACUAAUUAUUGUAUUAAAUAUUUUAAUAUUUGCGUAUGAUGACUAGUGGAAAGGAAUUGCUUUUUCCAAUCCGAACACUGGCUAAGAUCCUUACAUACUUAUAAAAAAUUACACACUGCUUGUACAAGGCAUACGUCUAAUAUUUUAAAAAAAUGUGUAUAAGCCAUAAAUAAACAGUGUGUAUAAUUUCAUUAAAUAAUAAGGGCCUAGACGCUUUGGCUUGAAAACAUAUCGUGUCAUAUCUGUAGACAUGUAAUUUAUGUGACAAAGUAUGCUUUAUUUUUUUUUAUAAUAGGACUUCAUUUAGCAGUUGCUCAAUUUACAAUAUUAGUAUUGUACACAUUGUAAACAUUCCGUUUAACGUUUUUUAUUCAUCAGAAAAAAAUAUUUUACUUUGUAUAAAAUUUAAUUUAAGGGCCAGUUUACAAAUAUGCCCCUAAUAAAUAAUCAAUCAAUAAAAUAUAGUCUUCUAUAUAAAGGGCCUUCAAUUGUUAUUCUAGAUUUAAGGUUAUAUUACAUACAAUUUAGUGUAUUUAUAAAAUUGUAUAAAAAAGCGAUGCCAUGUUAAACAAAAGUACUUAAUAAUGUAGAUAAAGCACAUGUUAUAUUUUAGUUUCCAAACGAAUAAAAAUGCGUUUUAGUAUUAUUUCGUUUAAAAUAAUUACCUAUGUAACAUUGUUUUUUAUGAUUUUAUAUUUAAUUAAUCUUCUGUAGUUAACUAAGGGAUUUUUUUAAAUAAAUUGUGUAAUAUAUUUGUUGAACGAAAUCAAUUUGCAUUGCACAUAGUCAAUUGUAGGAAAUCAAACCUUCUUAUGAAUAUACCAAUGUAUUUAUCAAAUCUUGUAAUAUAGUGUCAUAUUGUCGGAAUGCUUCAUAUGUUAUUUCACGGAAGCAACGAAUUGGAACACUUGUGAUAUUCAUGAAUAUACCUGAUUUUUCAAAUAUAUCACUUGUAUAAUUCUUUCAUUAAUAGGUAAUCUUUGAAUAAAUGUUAGAUGUAGUUGAUUAGAAUAUGACUGUAUUAGCCUAUAUAAGCUUUAAAUAUUGUAGUUAUGCUCUUUAACACCGAUUUUAAUUACGAGUAUAUAUUGUUAUUGAUAUAUGCUGUAAUAGUUGAUCUCUCAUUUCAAUUUUUAAUCAUAUAUGAAUCAUCUAAUUUGUCUAUAUUCAUAGUGUCAUAUUUAAUUAUGUUUGUAUUUUUCCAUAAUUUAAACAUACGCUACCACUAGGUAGGUACUUCUAAUUUUAGUUUCACGAAAUCACAUUUUCGUUUGUUAUAUAAUAGCUAAGAGAUAGCUAUAGCUUCGCAUCGUUUGGUGUGAUGUUAGCCUCUGUGUUCCAUAAACAAUACGAAAUCCUAUUAAAAUUAAUUGUUAUUUAUAUAAAUUCGUACUUAUACAAAAAAUAAUAAUUUCGUAGUAAAUUUAUAGACUGAAAUAGUUUCUGCCUUAAAUCCUGUCCUUAAAAUUUCCUAAACCUCUAUUGUUUAUAAUAUAUAUUUAUAACGUCAAUUAUUAUGUACUUAUUUAUCUACCUGAUUAAAGAAAUACAUAAUAUCGUUCACUUGU